CCACCAUUUUUGUUUGGACAAUGAAGUCGGUGAAAAAGUAAUUAAAUACUGGUAAAAGACAGCUAAACGGCAGCAACCCAAUCGCCCCAAGAUGUUCAAUGGCAUGGUGAGAACCAUCCGCGACAGCGUGGUGGGCACCUAUCCGUCCUGCCAUGUCAACGCACGGCUGGAGGAGCGCAGGGCCAAGCAACGGGCGAUGCGACAGGAGCGCAGGCGAAAACCGGACAAGCCCGAUGACUUCGUCACCUACGAAGACUCGGGCAGCGACGAGGAGACGCCCCAGCAGCAGGAGGAGGUGCUGAACACGUCUUACAAUCUUUGUGACUACCUGCGCAGCCGGGAGAGCUCCCUGCGGGAUCGCCGCAGCGUGAACGUGGAGUACACUAGCCGCUAUGUCCUCACCCAUGACAUGCUGCGCGAGACGCAGAUCAGUCUGGGCUACAUAAACAAGGUCUUCUGUUCAAAGUGGCUGAGCAGCCGACAGGUGGUGUUCGGAACCAAGUGCAAUAAGCUGCUCGUAUACGACGUCAACAUGCGGCGAGUGGACGCCAUUCCCACCCUUUCCAACAGCCGGGCGAAUCACCCAGAGGUGCAGGGAGGUCUACAUGCCAUUGAGCUGUCGCCCAGCCGAUCCUUCCUCGCCACCGGGGCGCGAAACUCCUCCGACAUUGCCGUGUACCGUCUUCCUACUCUGGACCCUGUGUGUGUGGGCGAGAGCGGGCACCGUGACCUGAUCAUGGGCAUGUGUUGGCUUGACGACCAGUUCCUGGUAUCCGGAUCGAAAGAUUCGCGGAUGGCUCUGUGGCGCAUCAACGAGGACCACAUGGAGUUCCCGGAUGGGGGUGAGGAGGCGUGUCCCACCUUUGCCACGAUACACCCGCUCAGCGUCAAAGAAGUUCGCACUGCCCAGAGGAUACGUUCCCUCUGCUUUAACAAAGAGUUUAAGGAAAUAGCAGCCCUCUCUCUCAAUGGCUACAUUCACAUCUUCAAUGCAGAGACCUUCAAACAGACACUUUCCCGUAAGCUUCCCAACUGCCAGGAUAAUGUUAGCAUAGCCUACCACAGCGACGGGCUCUACGCCGUGGGCUGUCGUUCCUAUACCAUCCUACUGGACGCUCGUACGCUGCAAACGAUUAAGAAGAUCACGUCUCGGUACAGCGGAUGCGGAAUAAGAGCAACCUCCUUCGAGGGUAACCUCCUGACAGUAGGAACAGGACUGGGAAUGCUGCUGUUCUAUGACAUCCGCGCCGGAAAGUAUCUGGAGAGUAGUGUAAACGCCUCCCGCACAGUUGCCCUCAAGUGCAGUAAAGGUAUUGUGUACCCCGAAGACGAAAUGGACGGCUUCCAGCAGGUGAAAUACGUUCCCGCCAUCUACACGCACUGUUACGACAGCACAAGGAUGCGACUCUUUGCAGCCGGGGGACCACUUCCAGCCACGCUGGUGGGUAACUAUGCAGGCGUUUGGCAAUAAAUCAGAGCAGCAAGGAAUGCGACCCAGGCUCACACAACUGAUUAGUUUUUAAGUGAUUCUUCGAAUCUAGUGAUCAUGAUUUUUGCCCAUUCUUUCUUUAUUUCCCCUCCCUUUUUUUCAAGCUUUCAAAAUCCGAGAUUUGGAUUGUUCUCCUUUUUUUAAGCUCAAAUGUUCUUGCUUGUUUUACUUGAUUUCUCAGUUUUAAUUUAAUCGAUUUUAUGUUAGGUUAAAUAUUAUUAAGUUUGUAUAUUGCACGUAGACAGUAUACACCACUUAGUAAAUCUAAAUGUAAAUUCAAAAUUAUCGAUCCUAUUUAUAUAUAGCUCAUAUAUAUAUAGUACAUACAAUACAAGUAAAAGAAACUAAGUUAUAGACAACACUAGCAUUGAUUAAUAGUCUGAUCUAAAUAUGGUAAUAGAAUUUCAAAUUAAAGAAACCAUUGAAAAUUA